AUGUCAAUAUUAAGUGAAUUAUGUAAUUCAAAAGAUAAUAAUCGUCGUGGUAAACGAAGAAUUAAUGAAACAAAUCAAAAAUUAUCUAUUAAUAUAUUUAAAACAAAUGAUCGACAUGGUCAAACAUCAACUGAACUAAAUGCACAAUUUUUUCAUUCACAAAUAUUAAUGGAUGUUCUUUUACGUAUGAAAACUAAAGUCGAUGAUAAAAAUGAAUUAAUAACUUUAUGUAAAAAAGAAUUAAACAAUAAUAAAAAUGAAUUAAAUAUUCUUUAUGAAUUUACAAAAACAUAUUCAUCAGAUCAAGCUUUAUGGUGGUAUACACGAGAAACAUUUAUUUAUCAAUUUUUAAAUCAAGCAUUACGUUUACAAGAUAUUGAUUUAUUAUAUUUAUUUCGUUUUUUUAUAUAUGAUAUUCAAAAACAACUUGAAUUAAAUCAAUGUCAAGAAUGUAUUCGUGUUUAUCGAGGUCAAUUAAUAUCAAACAUAGAAUUAAAUAUAUUAAAACAUUCUAUUGGACAUUUUAUUUCAACAAAUUCAUUUUUAUCAACAAGUGUUGAUAUGCAUGAAGCAUUAUCAUUUCUUGAUUAUUCAAUUAUUCAAGAUAAUUUACAACCUGUAUUAAUUAUAAUUGAUGCUGAUCCAAAUAUAAAAGGUAUUAAACCAUUUGCUAAUAUUGCUAAUAAGAGUUAUUUUACUGAUGAACAAGAAGUACUUUUUACAUUAGGAUCUGUAUUUCAAAUAAAUAAUAUUCAUUAUAGUAAUAAUAAUCAUCUUUGGAUAAUAAAUAUGAUAUUAUGUAGUGAUUAUGAUCAUAAAUUAAAACCAAUAUUUGAUUAUAUGAAAAAUGAAUAUGGUGAUGGAGAAACUGGCCUUCUUACAUUUGGUCGUGUAUUAAGACAAAUGGGAAAAUUUAAUGAAGCAGAAAAAUAUUAUCAAAAAUUUCUUAAUCAACAACAACAUGAUUAUCAAAGUCAAGCACAAUGUUAUCAUUUACUUGGAAAUAUUGCUUUAGAUAAAGGAAAUUAUGAUUUAAGUCUUGUAUAUCAUUUAAAAUCAUUAGAAAUUAAAAUGAAAAACUUAGAAUUAAAUAAUUCUAGUCUUGCUUAUAGUCAUAAUAGUAUUGGUAUAGUUCAUUGGAAAAAAGGAAAUAAAGAACAAGCUAUUCAAUCAUACAAUAAAGCAUUAAAAAUUUGGAUUGAACUUUAUGGUGAAGAUGAUUUAAAAGUUGCAAUGUGUUUUAAUAAUAUGGGUAUUGUUUAUGAUGAUGAAAAAAAAUAUGAAGAUGCAUUAAGAUGUUAUGAAAAAACUUUAAUGAUUCGUUUAAAACAUCUUCCAAAUGGACAUUUUGAUAUAGGUGAUACAUAUAAUAAUAUUGGUGCUGUUCAUCGUUGUCUUGGUCAUUAUGAUAUUGCAUUAGAUUAUUUUAAACAUUCAUUAGAAAUUUAUGAAAAAUCACUUUUUUCUCAACAUCCAUCAAUUGCAUCAACUUAUAAAAAUAUUGGUAUUACAUAUGAAAUUAAAAAAAAUCUCAUACAAGCAUUAAAAUUUUAUAAUAAAGCAUCAAAGAUUUUUCAACAAACAUUACCAAUAAAACAUCCUGAUGUUAUGGAAAUUGAUCGAUUAAUUCGACAUGUUUCUUCUCAAAUUAAUACAUAA